UAUCGUCCGUAAAGCGCCUCUUUACGCAAAAUGAAAAAAAUUUAUAAUUUUUUCCUUGUGAAAAGGAACGUUAAAACGGAAUAACCUUGUAAAAUCUGUUAUAAGCUCGAACGCCUCUUUGCCGUACUAAAAUGCAGUGAAACUCAUCGCUUGGAUUCAAAAGCGCCUGUAUGGUGUUCUUGUCAGAUGCAAAGACGCCACUUUUAAUUUGAACCAAUGGGAAGCGAGCAUUUCGCUUAACUGUCAUGGCGGCCGUGACCUAAUAUCGCACUCUUAAUAAAAUAUCGACCCAUCUCGAAAUUUCGAAAAAUUGAGUUUUUGUGAAAUAAUGACCUAAUAGAGCAAACUUCAUAACCUCCUUUAAAAAAAACGCCCUUAUUCCUUAGAUUAUAAGGUACAAAAUAGAUUGAGUCGUUGUAUCUCCCUCCCCUCGCUCCUACUUCGUUCGUCGAACAUCGACUGAUUCAAUCUUGCGUCGGCAGCCGCGCGCGUCGGUGGUGUCGAAUCGCGGCCGAUUUCGAGAUUCGUCGCUGUUUCACUAAAAGUAUAGAUCUUACUAAGUCAUCAUGGAAAAGCAACGACUGAAACAGAUAUUUGAAAACCUCAAUAUAAACUGCAGAGGUAAACGUGUCGAUAGUUCAUCACAAGACAACGACUGUGCUGCUAUAAAAAAGGUUUUUAUCGGACCUAAGAGAAGAGUUUGCCGUAAGCUUGUAUUCAACUCACCAUCACCAGCUUGUUCAUCAGAAACGUUACCUGCAAACAAAGAGAGUUUUGAUGGUUCUACGCUGGACACUCAGGCUACUGAUGAUAUUUUACCUAUAGUCGAACUUGAAGAUAACACUUUCCAGUCUACAUCCGCUGCUGACGAGGUUUUCUGUAAGAUAAAUGAAAAGUCUUCGCAAAAAAAUGUUAAAAUUUCCCAUUACUACAAGGAUAUACCGUACCAUAGAUGAGAGCCCUCAAGUCAAUUCAUUGAAAUCACUUGCUACUGGAAUUGUAAUAAUGAGCGACAUUUUACUACCCAAAACUAAUAUUAACAUGGAAACUCUAGAAGCCAUAGAUACGACUGCAACUUCAGAAAAAGCCACUCUUUCUGUACAAAAACAUUCGCCACAAAUCUCACCAUCAAAUUCUGAUAAAAUGCCAUCUGAAAAUAAAAUAGAAAGCGAUCCUUCGCAUGUACCUGUUGCACUGGUUGCUGACCCGGCGACGCCACUAGCAAUUGAAUCUGAAUACCAACUUUCUCAUACCUCUUUGACUACUACAUCUAUUAAUAAUACAACAACAACACCGCGAAAUUCAUUGAUCUGCAAAAUUGAUUUAUCGAGACUAGUCUCCAUUAGAAAUAUUAAACUCAGUAAGAUUCUUUCACUUAAUUCGCCUGGUUCAUCCGCUAGUGACACUAAUGAUUCACAUACGACUAGCACAAAGCCAACAAACAAUUCAUCUCAAAAGACCUUAAGAACCAAUGACAAACAUUACCAACUAUCUCCAAUUAAUUCCAACGAAAGUGAUCCUGAUCUUAGUGAUUUAGAUCCCACUUAUCAUACAUUACAGGAAUGGUAGAUAUAGAUAGUCGACCGGCGCCAUCCUUGUUAUCUCUUUCGUCGUCUUCAAGCUCUGGAACAUCAAGCUCUGGAACAUCAUCUGAAAAUAGCGCUGAUAGUUCAAUUUCACCAAUUCGUAAAACUAGAAAACGCAAACGUGAACCUGAAUCUUGGAAAUUCAAUACUGCAAAACGUUUAAGAAAUACUGGUCAAUCAUAUUUAUCGGUCAGAACUAAGAAAACAGUUGAUGCACGUAAGGUCAAACCACCAUGCAAUGAAAAAUGCCGUUUGAAGUGUUUUAGUAAAUUUACUGAACAAGAAAGGAAAACAUAUUUUGAUAAAUAUUGGGAUUUAAGAGAUAUAAAUAUACAGAGAGCAUAUAUUAAAAGUUGUAUGGUCGAAAUCAAGCCUAAGUAUAAAUACAGCAAGAAUGAGAAUCUUAGAAAGUCAAACUAUGCUUUUUAUCUGAACCGUAGUAACACAAAAGAAAGGGUUUGCAAAACUUUUUUCAUUAAUACAUUUGAUAUAACAGACAGAAUGAUACGUACGGUUAAAGAAAAAUGUGACGAACAUAACUUUCUAAGUGAAGACAAACGUGGAAAACAUGGAAACCAUAGAAAGAUCGAUUCUACUUUAGUACGCGACAUUAAGAGUUUCAUAGCUCCGAUUCCUCGGGUUGAGUCCCAUUAUACUAGAGCAACAUCAUGUGAAUAUAUUUCUCCCGGCAGAACAUUGACCGAAAUUUAUCAGGAUUUCGUGGAGCUGCAACAAAAGAAUGGACGUUCGUCAGGCAAGUUUUGCAAUUUCUAUGAAAUUUUUAAGGACACCGGUAUAAAAAUACACCAACCUAAAAAGGAUCUGUGCGACUUAUGUAGAGAUUAUAAAUUAACACCGAACAACGAGGACUUGAAACAAGAGUAUGACAGACAUAUAGAAGAGAAGGACUUAUCAAGGAAAGAAAAAAAGGAAGAUCGAUACGCUAUAAACGAAAAUAAAAUUGUUGCGGUCUACGACCUGGAAGCUAUAUUACAGGUACCGCAAGGGAAAUCAAGUAGUUUAUAUUACAAAACAAAAAUGAACUGUUACAAUUUCACCAUUGCAGAAUUAGCCAAAAAGAAUCCUACUGAAGAGGAUAGCAACAAAGCAUACACGAAUGUAUACAGUUACUUUUGGGAUGAAACACAAGGCCAAAAAGGUUCCAUCGAAAUCGCAACGUGUGUUCUAAAUUUCUUACGGUUGGUAAACGAACGGAGCACAAGCAAGUCUGUGGACGUAAUUUUUUACUCUGACAAUACAUUUAGUCAGAACAAAAACAAAUAUAUUACAACGUUGUACAUGUAUGCGUUGACACAAUUUGAAAACAUCAACUCUAUACGUCACAAAUAUUUAAUCAAGGGUCAUACACAAAAUGAAAACGACAAUGCCCAUAGCUUAAUCGAAAAAGAAAUACAAAAGUAUCUCAAAGCAGACACAAUUUACACUCCGAUUCAAUAUAUUCCUCUGAUAAAAAGCGCUAAAAAAACUGGUAAGAAAUUUGAAGUACAGACUUUGACAUUUGAUGAUUUUGUAGAUGUUAAAGAUUUACAAAGUCAAUGGGGUUUGAAUUUCACCAAAGAUACAAACAGGAAUUCAAUUGUAUGGAAUGACGUUAAGAUAUUGGACUUCCGUAAAGAUGAACCAUUCAAAUUCUACUUCAAAACAUCGUACAAAGACGAGGAAUAUCGUGAAGUAGAUGUGCGGAUGAGAAAAGCCCUACCUGUCAUUAAUGAUAUCGUGCUCAGAAAGGCGUAUAUGGAAAAAUUCAAUUUAAAUGAUAACAAAAAGAGAGACAUAAAAAACUUAAUUAUAAAGAAAGUGAUACCGCCUUAUUAUGCUAGUUACUACAAGGAUUUGGUAUAAGUUAGAAUAUAAUUUAUGUCAAUAAAGUUUUAAGGUUUUAUAAACAAAACUUAAUACCCAAGUACAAAUUAAUUUAAUUCUUAAGACUGUCGUAAACGGGGCUGUGCUAAAUAGGUAUUAAGUAUUAAAAAUAAUAACAGUUUGAUAAACAUUUAUUGAUACUGUUUUUUUGUUAUUUUAGUUUUCGUAUAAGAAGUUCCUACUGCCUUGUCACAUAGUAAGACUGAUAUUUUGAAUUUAUUUUAAGACUUGUGUACUUGGUACGAUUUUAUAAAGAUUUUUGAUACUGAAUAAAUAUAUAAAUAAAUAAAUAAAUAAAUAUAUAUGGGACAAAUUACACUGAUUGAGUUAGCCUCGAAGUAAGUUCGAAACUUGUGUUACGAGAUACUAACUCAACGAUACUAUAUUUUAUAAUAAAUACUUAUAUAGAUAAACAUCCAAGACCCAGGACAAUCAGAAAAAGUUCUUUUCUCAUCAUGCCUUGACCGGGAUUCGAACCCGGGACCUCCGGUGUCACAGACAAGCGUACUACCGCUGAGCCACAGAGGCCGUCAUGGCCGAAUGUUUAAACAUUACUUUUUUAAAAUAAUGUAAAACAAAUAUUUUUAUUGUAAGAAGAAUUUAUGAUACUCAAAACUUAAUACUAUCAUUAUAGGUAGGUACCUAAUAAUGUAAUUUUAUUUGAUACCUAGUCACAUACUUAUUCAUUUUCUUUCAU